AUGUGUCACACCAGCUGCUCUUCAGGCUGCCAACCAGCCUGUUGUGUGUCCAGCCCCUGCCAGCCAGCCUGCUGUGUGUCCAGCCCCUGCCAGCCAGCCUGUGUGCCCUUGAGCUGCAGGCCUGCCAUAUGUGUUCCUGUGAGCUGCAGGCCCACUGUGUGCAUGGCUCCCUCCUGCCAGUCCUCUGUGUGUGUGCCCGUGAGCUGCCGGCCUGUCUGUGUGAGCUCCUCCUGCCAGUCAUCCGGGUGCUGCCAGCCCUCCUGCCCCACCCUGGUCUGCAGACCUGUCACCUGUAGCACCCCCUCCUGCUGCUGA